GAAGGCAGCCUGCUUGGGAGUUUCAUUAUAUUCAAAUAUAUUCAUUUUCCAGGAGCCACUCCGGAGCACCAAGACGCGGCGAUCGCUCCAGCCAGCAGCUCCAAGAAGCAACCCGAAACAGCAGCCAGCAGCAACCAGCAACCAGCAACUAGCAAGCAGCAGCAGCAGCAGCAGCGAGCCCCUCUCGGCCAGCCCGACUCCGGAUUUCCCCGCGCGAGCUUUCACACGAGUCCUGUUCCACACUGGCUGUCAAGAACCAUGGACUGUUUCUACCUGCCUUGCUUUCUGUCAAGACACCAUGACGCCUGGUAACCGAAUGCUGAUGGUCGUUCUAUUAUGCCAAGUGCUGUUAGGAGGCACUAACCGUGCCAGCCUGAUACCCACCGAGACUGGCAAGAAGAAAGUGCCCGGCGACCAGCAACAGCAGCAGCAGCAGCAGCGAGGCGGGGCCCAGGGGGAGCGUCAGGGCGCCUCGGCCGCUCCACGCCGCCCCUUCCCCAACCAUGAACUCUUGCGUGGGUUCGAGGCCACCCUCCUCCAGAUGUUCGGCCUCCGCCGGCGGCCCCAGCCCGGCCCGGCGGCCGUCAUCCCAUCCUACAUGUUGGAUCUCUAUCGCCUCCAGUCCGGGGAAGAGGAGGAAAACCUGCACGACCUCAGCCUCCAGUACCCGGAGAAAUCCACCAGCCGCGCCAACACCGUGAGAAGUUUUCACCACGAAGAGCACCUGGAGCACGUGGCCGGCCCGGAGUCCACCGCCGCCGCCGCCGCCCGGCUGCGCUUCUUCUUCAACCUCAGCAGCGUGCCGUCCAACGAGGCGAUCUCUUCGGCCGAGCUGCGCCUCUUCCGGCAGGAGAUCCGCGAGGAGGCGGGGGCGGAGGCCUGGCCCCAGGGCUUCCACCGGAUCAACGUCUACGAGGUGAUGAAGCCGCUGCCGGGGGGGGCCUUGGUCAGCCGGCUGCUGGACACCCGCGUGGUGCACCACAACGUGAGCCGCUGGGAGAGCUUCGACGUGAGCCCCGCGGUGGCGCGAUGGACGGCAGGCGGCCAGCCCAACCACGGGCUGGCCGUGGAGGCGCUGCACCUCCACCCCGCGCAGACUCACCAGGGCAAGCAUGUCCGGAUUAGCCGCUCUUUACCUCAAGGGGCCCGCCUGGGGGCCGGCGACUGGGCCCGCCUGCGGCCCCUGCUGGUCACCUUCGGCCACGACGGCCGGGGCCACGCGCCGCUGACCCGCCGCCGCCGCCGGCCCAAGCGCAGCCCCAAGCACGCGCGCCAGCGGAAGAACAAGAAGAACUGCCGCCGCCACGCGCUCUACGUGGACUUCAGCGACGUGGGCUGGAACGACUGGAUCGUGGCCCCGCCGGGCUACCAGGCCUUCUACUGCCACGGCGACUGCCCCUUCCCGCUGGCCGACCACCUCAACUCCACCAACCACGCCAUCGUGCAGACCCUGGUCAACUCCGUCAACGCCAGCAUCCCCAAGGCCUGCUGCGUGCCCACGGAGCUCAGCGCCAUCUCCAUGCUCUAUUUGGACGAGUACGACAAGGUGGUCUUGAAGAACUACCAGGAGAUGGUGGUCGAAGGCUGCGGGUGUCGCUGAAGGGGGCCGGAGGCGCGGGGGGG